GCGCUUCCUACGUCUUCCUCGAUCAAACUGUUUCUGGAAAUUCUAGAUUGAUCUUGUGAACGAGAGCAGUCUCAAUAUCUUGCAGGAACAUAACAGGAACAUCAACCACAUCGUAGAAGACUUGUUCCCUUUGCAGCGGGCGUACUGACACUUCCUGCCAUUGAAGGGCACCGAAGAAUUCAUUACAUCGCCUUAUCACUCUUAUCCAAUGGACGAGCAAAAGGCUCUGCCUCAUAUGGUCCAACCUCAUGAUGCCCUGCGCUUGGGGAUCAGCUCACUGAAAGACCAAGCAUCGGUUGUCCACCCUGUUGAGGCCAUCCAGAAGAACCACCCCAAGAACCAGGAGGAGCUGAAGCUGGGGAUGCUGCGCAACUUGUAUGGGUCUGCUCUCCCGGCCAGGAUGCAGUUGGACAAGCAGAUUCUGAGCAAGGUUGGCAGGCUCCCGGGGAUGCCAUCUUCUCAGUUGGGUCUGCAGUCCUUGACCGGAGAGCUUGACGACUUUGGCUUUGAGUCUUACAUCGGGCUUCCAGAAGACAGUGAAUCUCCAGGGCCUGACAUGCACUCACUGAUGGAGGCCAAGCACAAGCUGGGCUUGCAGCCUGUCACAAGGUCUAUCAUAUAGGCAGUCCAGCAUCAGCUGCUGAUGGAAGAAAUGGGAAGUACCUGCAGUACAUGAUGCAGAAAGUGGUAUUCUGCACCAGAGCACAGCUGUAGAUCCGGUGCUAAAAGGCUAGCACCGGAAGUGAACUAGGCACACCUUUCUAGACAUCGCAUGCAAGGUUUGCACCUUUAUGGAGCCUUGCUGGAUCAGGCAGCCACGGCAAAGUUCUGGUCAUUUGCAGCUGCUAUUGAUGUCCACCUUCAGCAUGCAGAUGCGUGUUAGAUUGACAGCCGCAGCGGCUGCUUAGAAGUGAAGACAAACAGACUCUGAUUGACCGCGAUGAGGAUCGACUUGAAGUGGGCCUUCGUCUAUAAAUUGUCAGUAGCCACGUGAGGCAACUUCACUGUGACUGAAGGAAUGCAAGCAGUAAUGCAAUUGCAGCAUCAUCAUGAUAUUAAUAUCAUUUAUGAUGAU